AUGACAGGAAGUUCUGUUGAUAUCGGAGUAUUAGAGGAAAAACCUACAUGGCUUCUACAUCCAAGAUUUUUUCCGAGUAAAGUAGGAGGAAAACCAGCAUGGCUUGAUCUUAAAAAUUUGCAUGCACCUGCAGAAUUAACCUGUAAAAAAUGUAAUGACCCUUUGGUGUUUUUAUGCCAAGUAUAUGCACCCUAUGAAGAAAAAGAAGAGAGUUUCCAUCGAACUGUUUUCAUUUUUAUUUGCCGGAAUGGAUCCUGCUGUCGUACAAAUUGUGCAGACAACUUUUUAGCCAUACGCUGUCAAUUAUCACGCAAAAAUGAUUUCUAUUCAUUCGAGCCAUAUGAAGAAAACGAGAAUGAGCAAUUUUCUAUGGCAAAAUGGCCCAAAUUAUGCAAUGUCUGUGGAUUAAAGGGACCUUCACACUGUUCUAAAUGUAAAAAAUCAUUUUACUGCAGUCGUAAACAUCAAAUUUUGGAUUGGCAAAAGGGUCAUAAAGAAUAUUGUUCAAUCCUGCAGGUUGAUGAAAAUAACAAACUCCCCAAUUUUAUUGUAACAGAAGCAGGAAAACAAAUAUUAUUUAAAGAAUGGGAACUUGUUGUAGAUGCAGAAGAUGAGGAAAGCAACCAAAAUGUUGAUGAACAGCAUGAAAUGGAUAAAUUAAGAAAAAUGAUGAGUGAAAAGAGAGCUGGAACUCUAAGCAACAUCAGUGAAAGUGAACUAGAACAGUAUACUAGAAAAAUACCAGAUGAUAAACUAUUCAAUAAGUUCAGUAAAAGAAUUUCUCGACACCCUGAACAAGUUUUAAGAUAUGAUAGAGGUGGUAAACCUUUGUGGAUAACUGGUAAUACAGAAAACAUAGUUAGUAUACCAAAGUGCCAGUAUUGUAAUGGUGAAAGACAGUUUGAAUUUCAGGUUAUGCCGCAACUUUUAAAUUUUAUCAAUGUUGGCAUUGAUUUUAAUAGUAUAGAUUGGGGCAUAUUGGUUAUUUACACCUGCAAAGAAAGUUGUAAUAAUGGGCCUGCUUAUAAGGAAGAAUUUAUUAUAAAACAAGAUUUAAGCAAC